AUGAGGCCUUGGUUAAAAAAUAAAUAAUAAAACAUUAGCGAAGAGUAAAAUGUUGAUUAAGUUAAAAAUAUUUUAGAUUUAGUUUAGCUUAUUCAGUAAGAAAGGAAUAGCAAUUAAAAAAGUAGAUAAUCAUUGAGAGGAGAGUUUUUGUUUGAAAAAAUUUAGGAAUUAGAAACCAAACUUAAAGAAUUAUAAAAUGAUAAAAUAUAAUAGAAUAUAGCAGACCAUUUUGCAUCUUACAUUUCAUACUUAAUUAACCUUUAUGUGAAUGUUAAAGGUGAGUUGCUUGAUUAGCAAUUUUUAUAGAAAAUAGUACAACUAAAAAUGAAAAUUUAAUGGAAAAGCAAUAAGUUUUUUACCAUAGUAGAUGAUAAAAAUGAGUUUUUAGUUUUCUAAAAUAAAGUAGAAGCAGAUGAAACAAAUAUUAAGGUUGUUAUUAAAGAUAGCACUUAGAAAGUUAGUUUUAGUCUAGGUCCAUUAAACAUAGAAGCUUUAAUUUAAGAUGAAAUGAAAACUGAUUUGGAAAUUCAUAGAUUACUUGAAAAGAAGGUUAGCAUAAACUCAAGUAUCUACAGUUUAUAUGAAGCUUUCGAUGUAAAGCAAUCUUAAAAAUAUUAUUUGGCAGUAGUUCCAUUUGAUAAUUAACAACUUUCACCUAUAAAUUCAAUAACUAAUUUUCUUUAUCAUAUUUAUCUUUCUGAUAAAUAUGCAGAAAAUAUUUCUCCUAUAUCUAAAAACAUAGUUAAAAUAAAUGACAAGAAUUAUGGUACAAAGCUAGUAUUCCUUAUUCAAAAACCAUAAUGUACAUUAUUUGAUUUAAUUAAAGAAAGAUCAAUAAAUAAGUAAUAUUUUUCCUAAGGCUCAAUGAAAAAAAUAUUUACAUAGCUAGUAGAAUUAUUGUAUGAAAUUCAAAAUGAACUUAAUAUCAGUAUAAAUGAUUUAACUGUUGAUAACAUAGGAUAUUAUAAGAACUCAGAUAGCUAUAAAAUAUUGUCUUUAGAUAUUUUAACUAACAAAGAAACAGAAUUAGUAGGUAAAAUACAUUCACUCCCAAAAGAAUUUUAUAGCCAGUACACUUAGAAUGAAGCAAACAAGUUUAAUAGUUAUAAUUAUUCAAUGUUUUAACUAGCAUAAAGUCUUUUAUAGGUUUAUAAUUUGAAUGCAAAAUAAUACGAAAUUAGUGAGUUAGAUGAUCUGGUUAAAUAGCUCGAAGAAAAAGAAAAAUCAAAUCAACUUGAUGAUUUCCUAAAGAUUAUCUACUAUUUAUUCAAAUAUGACAAAGAUAAAGUAAAAGAAUAGCUAUCUGAAUUAAAAAAAAACAAAUAGGAGGAAAUAGAAUAAUAAAAAUAAGAUUAAAAUAAAGACGAAGUAACAGACUCGGAACUUUCUAAAAAAAUAGUUGAAAAAAUAAAAAAGAAAAAGAAACCUUUAACUCUCUAAGAAACUUUAAAUAUUGCAAUUGGAUAUUACGAAAUAAGUGACAAAAAUAGAUCAAUUAAAGCUUACAGGGAGUUUAUAUAAAAAUCUUAAGACCAUAGUUCUGCAACUGAAGUUAAUUAAUUGCAAGUUUAAAAAGAUAUCAUUUUUGCUACUAAGGAGAUAUCUUAAAUUUAUUUAAGCUUAGAUGAUCUUAAUGAAGCAAUCACCAAUAUAAGAUAGGCAGCAUAAUUGUGUUAAUAGUACCAGUUAGUUGAAGAUUUGAAAUUUGUAUCAUAUGAUUGGAAUGGAAUUGGAGCUAAGCUUUAAUAAAAAGGUUUAUUGAAAGAGCAAAUUAAUUUGCAUAAAGAAAUUUUAUCAAUUCUUGAAUAAAAUCUUAAUAACAAAGAUGAUUCUUCUAUUUCAUAUACACUAAGUAUGUUGGGAGAGGCAUACAAAAAUGUUGGUGAAAUUGGGUUAGCAAAAUAAAGCAUUGAAAGAUCGUAUGAAAUAGAUAAAAAAUUGUAUGGAAAUAACAGCUUGCAGAUUGCUAUAUCUCUACAUGAAGUUGGUACUAUUUAAUUGUUGAAAGGCAUGUUUACAGAAGCUAUUUGUAAUCUUGAAAAAUCUUUAGAGAUUAAAAAAUAAAAAUUAAAAUAAUCAGACCCAGACAUUGCAAGAGGAUUAAACAACUUAGCAGAAGCCUAUAGGGGUUUGGGAAACAAUAAAAAAGCUUUAGAAUUAUUUGAAUAAGCUUUAACUAUUUUCAAUGAAGCAAAAUUAACAGAAUCUUAAGAGGUUUCACCAACUUUGAACAAUAUUGGUAUUAUUUUGUAUUAGUAAGGCAGCUAUGAAAAAGGAAUUGAAUUUUUGGAAAAAGCCUUGAAAAUAGAAUAAAAAGUGUUAGGAGAAAACCACUAAAAUAAUGCAUAAACUAUGUUUAACAUGAUGAUUAUGCUUCAGAAAAUAAACAAAAUAGAAGAAGCAGUAUAAUACGGGUCUUAAGCUUACAGAAUAUUUUUAAAUAUUUAUCCUGCAGGGCAUCCAACUUUAGUUUAAUGCAAUCAAGUUUUAACAUUUUUGUCAUCAAAAUUAAAAAAUAAUUGA